AAAUGUACUGAGAUUGUGCACCCUGGGAAAAACGUUCUCGGUUAAUUUAGCAAUUCAAAAGUUUCCCUUUUCUUUUUCCAUGUUGUUGUGAGAGUAUUCGGAAGAAACUUUGAUAUUUUCUUUUUUCUUUGAUUUGUACGAACUAAAAUUAAGAAAGGACGAUGGCGGACCAAAGUAGAGGCCGAGGUCGAGGGUUUGCAUUAUUUAAAGACUUCAAAAAGACUCUAACAGCUGAUUCUCAGUCAUCAUGCCAAUCCUCUACAAAGGAGAUCCCUGGUCCAAGUGUACCUCCAAGUGUGCCAUCAAGUAUAGUAAGUGCUGCUACAGGCAUGCCUUCAACAAGUAUUGGGGGCAGAGGAAGGAUUGCAGCUAUGAUGCUGUCAAAGAUGCAUCAACAAACUAGAGAAGUGCAGUUCUCGCCAGCAUCAGAUGUAAGCCCUUCAGCACCGACAGUAGGAGCUGGCAGGGGCAUGAAGUUAUUUCAGAAUUUGAAAGCUCAAAUGGCACAAAGUCAGCCACGUGUAGGUACGGAAGUAAAACAAAUAACAGAGAAGAUGGCGGAGAGUACGAUAUCAUCUGUGCAAUCAUCAACUAUACCAAAAAAUAAAUAUUUUAGAGAGAUUAAAGAAACACCACCUGUUGUAAGAAAAGGAGAAUCUGGAAGACCUUGUGAAGUAACUGCAAAUUUUAUCAGACUUAAUUUUGAAGAGGAUCACGUGUUUGAGUAUGAAGUGCGGUACAACCCUGAGCAAGAUUAUAAGAGUCUAUGUUUUAAACUUCUAAAUGAACACGAUCAAUAUUUUAAAACUAGAACAUUUGAUGGCACCACAUUAUAUGUUCCUCAUAUGCUGCCCGAAGAAGCUAUGAACCUUGUUUCAACAAAUCCAUAUGAUAAUAGCAAAGUUCAAGUCAUUAUAAAUUUCCGUCGCACUCGUCGUUUGAGUGAAAUGAUUCACAUAUACAAUGUGCUGUUCAAACAUAUAAUGAAGGAUUUACAACUGGUGAGGUUCGGACGGCAGUACUUCAGUGAACACAGCGCUAUACAAAUACCACAACAUAAGCUAGAAGUGUGGCCCGGAUAUGUAACAGCAGUGGAUGAAUACGAAGGAGGUCUAAUGUUGACGUUGGACUCCACUCACCGAGUACUACGAACGCAGACAGUGAUUUCUCUCAUAAAGGAGACGGUGCAGUGCGAAGGUGCCAACUGGAAGCGAGCGUUGACAGACAAACUUGUUGGCAGCUCCGUUAUGACUACAUAUAAUAAGAAAAUGUUUCGUGUUGACAGUAUAGACGAUACAAUGACGCCGCGGUCUACAUUCCAAAAGACAGAAAACGAUAAAUCUUCUGAGAUCUCUUUUAUCGAUUACUAUAAGAAUAAUUAUGGAAUUCAUAUCAUGGAUUGGGAACAACCGCUUCUUAUAUCAAGGGCCACGAAGCGUCUACCGGGCAGCGAGAAGACGACGGACUUCAUGAUCUGCCUGGUGCCGGAGCUGUGCCAGCUGACGGGGCUGACGGACGACCAGCGCAACAACUUCAGGCUGAUGAAGGAUGUCGCCACCUACACGCGCAUCACACCCAACCAACGACACUCUGCCUUCAAAAAGUAUAUCCAAAAUGUGAUGUCAAACGAAAUGGCAAAGAACCGUUUAACGGGGUGGGGGUUGAGCAUAGCUGCCGAGACAGUGGACUUAACUGCCCGCACGCUGCCGCCGGAGCCGCUGUACUUCGGCAACAACGUCAAAGUGGCCGGCAAAGACAACGCCGACUGGAAUGGAGAGGUGGCCAGGAACGCUGUCAUGCAAGCUGUCGAUAUACUGCGAUGGGUGGUGCUCUUCACUGAUAGAGAUAAAAAUGUCACUACUGACUUUAUAGAUACUUUAAAGCGUUGCGCCCCUCCUAUGGGCGUGAACGUGUCGUCGCCGCAGCUGGUGCGACUGCCCAACGACCGCACCGACACGUACGUGGCCGCGCUACGGAAGUUCUCCAUAGACAAUCUGCAGCUGGUGGUCGCUGUCUGCCCCACGGCGCGCGACGACAGGUACUCGGCCAUUAAGAGGAUAUGCUGUGUUGAUAGUCCUGUACCUUCGCAGGUGGUGAAUGCGCGUACGAUAAUGAACAGUCAGAAGAUCCGUUCGAUAACUCAGAAGAUCCUGCUGCAAAUGAACUGCAAGCUGGGCGGCACGCUGUGGUCCAUCAGCGUGCCGCUCAAGUCCGCCAUGGUCAUUGGCAUCGACUCCUACCAUGACGCUAGUAGGAAGAAAAGAAGUGUUUGUGCAUUCGUAGCAUCUUACAAUCAAAUGAUGACACACUGGUACUCCAAAGUGGUGUUACAAGAGCGAGGGCAGGAGAUCGUUGACAGCCUCAAGUCCUGCUUCGUGGAUGCAUUGAAACAUUACCUACGUGUUAAUGGCAGAUUACCCGACAGAAUUAUCAUUUACAGAGACGGAGUCGGUGACGGUCAGCUGAAACUGCUGCAAGACUACGAGAUCCCUCAGAUGCAGAUCUGCUUCUCCGUGCUGGGCGCGGCGUACCAGCCCGCGCUCACAUACAUCGUGGUGCAGAAACGCAUCAACACCAGGAUAUUCAUGAAAACGAGGAAUGGCUUCGAAAACCCCAACCCCGGGACUGUGCUGGAUCACUGUAUUACAAGAAGGGACUGGUACGAUUUCCUGAUCGUGUCGCAGAAAGUGAACCAAGGUACAGUGACGCCCACACACUACGUGGUAAUCCACGACUCCAGCGGCAUGACAGCAGACCAGUGCCAGCGGCUGACCUACAAGCUGUGCCACCUGUACUACAACUGGCCCGGCACCGUGCGCGUGCCAGCGCCGUGCCAGUACGCUCACAAGCUGGCUUACCUCGUCGGACAGAGUAUACAUCAGCCGCCGUCGGACGCGCUCACCGAUAAGCUAUUCUUUUUGUAAUUCGCACUUUUGUUAUUGACUGUACUAAAUGUAUCUAGCUUUGAUACAAGUACAGUUAUAGAGAAAAUAGUUAAUGAUUGUCGCCAGACAAAAAAUACGUCGUAGGAUAUUUUCACCGAAAAGUUAUUCUUAUUGUAGAUGGUACUUUUGUUACUAGCUGUACUAAAUGUAUCUAUCUCUAAGUAGCAAGUACAGUUAUAAAGAAAACAAAAAUUUAUUGUCGCCAGACAAAAAAUGCGUCGUCGGACACUUUCACCGUCAGGUUGUUCUUGUUGUAUAUGGCAAUUUUGUUAUGGACUGUACCAAAUGUAUCUAAUUUUGAUUCACAAGUACAGUUACAAAAUAUAUAUAGUUACUGAUUGUAUUCGGACAGAAAAUAUAUCAGCUGUUGUACUCCCUUACUGUUAUUGUAGAUGGCACUUUUGUUAUUGACUGUACUAAAUGUAUCUAACUCCAAGUAAUAAGUACAGUUACAAAUAAAGUAGUCGGACAGAAAAUGCAACGGCUGUCUACGGAUACUCUUGCCGACAAACUCUUCUUGUAAAUCAUACUUUUGUUGUUGACUGUACUAAAUGUUCUAUGUCUAAGUCGCAAGUACAGUUACAAAGAAAGUAGUUAUUCAUUGUUUUCGGACAGAAAAUACAUCAGCUGUCGUCGGAUCUUAUAGAUUGCACUUUUGUUAUUGGCUGUACCAAAUGUAUCUUGCUCCAAAUUACAAGUACAGUUACAAAGAAAAUAAUUAUUAUGUCGAAUGUACAUAAGCUAUUUUCGAACACGAUCACGACAAGCUUUUCUUUUAGAUUGCACUUUUGCUAUUGACUGUACCUAACGUGUAUCAAUUUCUCGGUAGUAGUUCCAGAAAUACACUCACAAGUACAGUUAGGAAAAAAAUAUGUAACUAUUGUGUCACCUACACUUAUAUCUUACUUUUGUCCGCGACUGUCUCAAUUGUAUGUCACUCAAAGUCGCAAGUACUGUUAUGUAAUUAUAAAAUAAGUACAGUCGGAAAUAAAAUACUUAUCUAAAUAUUACAAUUGUGACAAUAGUAAAUGUAAAUAACUGAUACUAAAGAAAUGAUGCGGCUGAUUUUAUAAUUAUAAGUUAAUCAUAGAUUUGACCGAAAAAAACAAUCACGCAAUAAUUCUUAUAUCGUUUGAUUUCUCAAAUCAUUUUGAUAUUAAAAUGAAUAUAAAGUUCUCCAACAUUUUAAGAUCAUUUUAGUUAAUAAUUAUUUGUAUAAGUUAUCCUAUUAGGUAUAAAAAGUUUAAAGCAGCGAUUUCUAAACUUAACUAACUAUGAGAAUGCCCUAAAACAUAUAUAAACUUUAGUUAAAAGUUUUUUCAUGGUGUAAGGUGGCAAACGAGCAAACAGGAAAAGGAUUUUCACUUUUCCUGUCUAUCCCCUCCCCUGUCGAAUCCACUUUCUUUUUAGCCAUUGCUCGGCUUUUUGGUUAGAGUUUAAUGCUGUUAUAUUUUGAAUAUUAAAUUGAUUUAUUGUUUUACCCCAAACAAAAAUCCUGUACAUUCAGUUUUAAUGUGAAAAUGGAAUUGGUUUUAUUUAAUUUUUUUUUUUGAUUUAACGGAAAAAUAUUUUAGUUAUUUGCCACUCAAGAGUUUAGGAAUCACUGUUCUGUUGUAUGAGCUUUCUAAAGACGUACUUUAUUUACAUGUAUAUUUUACAUAAGAAAUCUAUAAUUAUAGAUAGAAGCAGCAAAACUUCUGAAUCUCAGAAUUAUAAAAACCUCUCCGAAUUAAAAAAAAAAUGUGUAUUUUUUUUGUAAUCAAAUUUUUUAGCUGAAAUUUGACAUGUUUAUAGACGGGAAUAUUCUUAUUUCUAAAGCAGUAUACUAGUAUAAUAAAGUAGUACUUAAUUUAUUAAGAAAUUGUAUUAAAUCCUAACUAACUUGACCUCCGAGAGAACUUAUUUAUCAUAAUUUCAUAAGAACAAUAUAAAUGUUAACCACUAACUGUUGCUCGCAACUUCGCUCGCAUGAAAUU